CUCACCUCUCUGAGGCAGCUACACCCUGCUUUCCCGGCCAUGCGGUGGCUGUGGCCCCUGGCUGUCUCUCUUGCUGUAGCGUUGGCUGUGGGGCUGACUGGGGUCUCUGGGGCUGCCAACUCAUCUUUGGGUGGGCAUAGAGCGAAGGUCCAGGAGCAGCAGAGUCGACCCCGAAGAGGCACCAAGGACGAGGGGCCCAAGGAGGUACAACACUAUGUACCUGAGGAGUGGGCUGAGUACCCCAGGCCCAUCCAUCCUGCUGGCUUGCAGCCCACCAAGACUUUGGUGGCCACUAGCCCCAACCCAGACAAGGAUGGGGCCACCCCAGAUAGUGGACAAGAGCUGAGGGCCAACUUGACCGGGACACCAAGUCAGAGGCUGCAGAUUCAGAACCCCUUGUAUCCGGUGACUGAGAGCUCCUACAGUGCCUACGCUGUCAUGCUCCUGGCUCUGGUGGUGUUUGCUGUGGGUAUCGUAGGCAAUCUGUCUGUCAUGUGUAUUGUGUGGCACAGCUACUAUCUGAAGAGUGCAUGGAACUCCAUCCUCGCCAGCCUGGCUCUCUGGGAUUUCCUGGUCCUCUUCUUCUGCCUCCCCAUUGUCAUCUUCAACGAGAUCACCAAGCAGAGGCUCCUGGGGGAUGUUUCUUGCCGGGCUGUGCCCUUCAUGGAGGUCUCCUCCCUGGGAGUCACAACCUUUAGCCUCUGUGCUCUGGGCAUAGACCGCUUCCACGUGGCCACCAGCACCCUGCCGAAGGUGAGGCCCAUUGAGCGAUGCCAAUCAAUCCUGGCUAAACUGGCUGUCAUCUGGGUGGGCUCCAUGAUGCUGGCUGUGCCUGAACUCCUGCUGUGGCAGCUGGCACAAGAGCCUGCUCCCACCAUGGGGACAGUGGACUCGUGUAUCAUGAAACCUUCAGCCAACCUACCCGAGUCCAUCUACUCGCUGGUGAUGACCUACCAGAAUGCUCGCAUGUGGUGGUACUUUGGCUGCUACUUCUGUCUGCCCAUCCUCUUCACCGUCACCUGCCAGCUGGUGACAUGGCGGGUGCGGGGCCCGCCGGGCAGGAAGCCCGAGUGUAGGGCAGGCAAGCACGAGCAGUGUGAGAGCCAGCUCAACAGCACUGUGGUGGGCCUGACCGUGGUCUAUGCCUUUUGUACACUCCCUGAGAACGUCUGCAAUAUCGUGGUGGCCUACCUCUCCACCGAGCUCACCCGGCAGACCCUGGACCUCCUGGGCCUCAUCAACCAGUUCUCCGCCUUCUUCAAGGGCGCCAUCACCCCCGUGCUCCUCCUGUGUAUCUGCAGGCCCCUGGGCCAGGCCUUCCUGGAUUGCUGCUGUUGCUGCUGCUGUGAGGAGUGCGGCGGGGCCUCAGACUCUUCGGCAACAGGCGGUGCGGACAGCAAGCUUAAGACCGAAGUGUCCUCCUCCAUUUACUUCCAUAAGCCCAGGGAGUCACCCCCACUCCUGCCCCUGGGCACACCUUGCUGAGUCUAGGGGGGCAUGGGAGUAGGUGGGGAGGGGUGCCAUCCCACUCAAGACGGUCUGCUGGUUCUUUCUUACAGGUCUCACUUUGACUUCUCAUCCUGCUGUGUAGAGAUGGACUUGGCUCACUGAGUCAAAGUUGGGCUUGCCAAAGCCCUAUGGGAAGACAGUGCCAAUCUUAAUGCUCUGAGGGACCUGUCAGCCUUGUCCCUCCCACUUGUAGGUGGAGAUCUCUCCAGGUCAUUAGAGCUGCCUAGAAUCUCAAUCUGGCCAUCUUCAAGCCUGGGCUUAGCCCUUGGCCCGCCCUCCCUUUGAUCUUGGAACCCAUCCGACUAUAGGUUGGCUGAGCCCCUCCCCAAACAUCACUUCUCUACUCCCACUAGGCCCCAUCCUGGACCAGGGGCCGCUUGAGGGCCAACCUAAGCAGGUUCGGCACCCCGUCCUCUAAAGAGGGUCUGUUUUAGCCCCCAGUCUUCCCAGAGGAUCCUCUCACUCCUGUUCUCCAUUCUGUGAGGCGCCUGGCACAUCUCAUGUCAUAUAGCCCCGCCUCCUGUUAGGCGCUUUCCUGUAGAAGGCCAUUCUGGAAAAACAAUAAAGUAGGUACCACAGCCCUGUGCCCAGUGAGCUUCCUUGUCCAUGAGAGACAGAACCUAGACAGGUAGACAGGCUUUUCCUAACCGGGCAGUCUCCUUGGCCUGGGCCUGUAUUUGUUGUCCUGCCUUGGGGACAGAGAGGAGGGAAGGUGUCAGGAAUUGGGGGGCUAAACCCUUAUCUAGAGCGAAACCCAGCUGCCCCUGGGAAGUCAGCCCGCUCUCUGGAGUCCCUGCGUCGCUCAGUUUGCCCUCUCCACAAAGCCCCCAUUUGAGGGAAUCCAGGGGCUUUCCUUUCGUGGGCCACAGAGCUUCUCAGCCUCCCUCCCUCUAACAGUUGCUCUUGUUCAGUUUCUUAGA